CCCGCUGCCCAGGGCGACCUGAACCCAUCCAAAUCUCUGCUCCCAGGAGGAAGGGGGUGACACAGAAAAAAUCUCCCAAUCUGCGGGAACCAUCGGGGCACGGGGAUCCUCGCGGCCCGUCUGCGCCAUCCGCCGAGCUAUCCAUCCUGCGGGAGGGUUGGGUGGGUCUUGAUUCAGAGGAUGCCAGAUGUAUGAACCAAAGCCAUUUCCGAGCACUGGAUCAGCUCACAGCAAUCCGAUUUCUCAUGAUCAACAAAUCGGACCAACUGCCAAUAAUGCGGCGUCCAAUAUUGGUGGAAAUAGCUCAAACAACAGCUUUGCCACCAGACAGCGUUUACGGUGGACAGAUGAGCUUCAUGGAUGUUUUCUUGAGGCUGUAACACGACUUGGUGGACCCGACAGGGCUACUCCAAAGGGAAUUCUUAGAACAAUGGGUGUUCAAGGGUUGACCAUUUAUCAUGUCAAAAGUCAUCUGCAGAAAUAUCGGCUUGCAAAGUACAUCCCAGACCCCACAGCUAGCGGUGACAAGUUGGAGAAGAAAGAUUUAGGAAAUCUGCUUGCAGGAAUCGAAAGCUCCCCGGGAAUGGAAACAAGCGAGGUUCUAAAGUUGCAGAUGGAGGUGCAGAAGCGGCUGCAUGAACAAUUAGAGGUACAAAGGCAGCUACAGCUCAGAAUAGAAGCCCAAGGCAAGUAUCUCCAGAAGAUCAUGGAGGAGCAGCAGCGCCUGAGCGGUGUGCUGUGCGAAUCAGGUAAGCCGAACGCCCUCGCCCUGGCCGAGGAGGAGCUCCACCAUGAUUUCAGCAAGACUGAGCCAUCGACCCCAGUCCUGACCUCAGAGCCCCCAUUCCGGGACAAUGCCGUGACUGCAAGUGGUGACCUGGAAGGAACAGAUGAGCUGCUCAAGGCUCUUUCUUCACAUGACGACUGCCUCUCCUUGGACCGUGAGUUUUCGACACCGGAUUCCAGUUGUGGUGCCGGUUACCUCCUAAACAGCCCCAGAGAUAGCAAGAGGGCUCGUGUCAGCAACAGCCUUGGCCACGGAAACAGCGAGUUCGCACUUCCUCACAUCAUUCCGGAAUCGAGCUCGGGUUCUGAUUUGCAGCUGAGCUCGGUGUUCUCAUCCGGCACAGGGCGAUCUGGUUCAUCGGCGGCUUUGGAUGCCAUUGAAGAUGGCUUUACCAAUGGCCCGGGUAGUGAUGUUUGAUCAGGGUUCGCUAGCUGUAUCUAUCAGUCGGUAGAGCUAUUGGUCAAUAGAACAGAGUAGAUGAUGUGUACCAUGCCUUCGAUGGUGUGUUGUAUUGCACCACUUGUGUUUAUUCCUUUGAACAUUUCUAUGGAUCAAUAAAGUGUUGGCAAAUCUAAAAAAAAAAAGAACUUGUGUUUAUUCUA